AAGACGCGUCUCACGGUGUUUCACGUUUUCAAUUUUAGAAAUCUACAUGUUUCGAGCUGAAUCUCGUAGAAUUGAAGUUCAAAGAGAAUUCUAAUAUACUUGCUACGUGAGAUUUAUAAGAUACGUCAACAUACUUUGAUAUCAAUAUUGAAUUGAAUAUAUAAAUUCCUAAUCAGAUCAAGGAUACAAAGAUGCCGGCCAGUAGCGUCAACUUGUACCAUAUGCAGGAUGCUAAAAAUAAUUUCAAUGCUGUACGACCGAUACCAGUGUGCGAUGAAUCUAAUUACUAUACGACUCCAAACCACAAUAUACACAUAUCGACGAAUUGCUACUAUGGUUAUCAUGAACUCAAAGCUGUUAAACACGUGGAGGAGUUUCAGGAUUGCGAAAUGAAGGAAGUAAAUACAAAUGAGCAAGUAAUGGAUGAAUCACGUUCAAACUGCACUGCUCGAAAGCGAGGCGCAGAUGACUACACAUAUACCCAAAAUAAACGGCUACGUAAAGAGGAUAUGGUGCCGCCGACUUCCAACUACAAUCCCUGCUUACUGCGUCCCACCCACAACAAUCCAGAUAUAUCUCGUUGUCUCAUGGUCCAUAUGAUAUAGAUUGUUUUCUGAUCUGUCUACUAUUGAAACAGUCUAAUUCAACAAAAUUAUAUUUUAUCUGCAGAAGUACAAACACAGAACAGUUAUGAACCUGAGACAAAGAGAAUGAGAUCGAAAACGAGAGCAGAAGAUCCAUUGCUGGAGAGUUUAUAUUGGAAUAUACACGGCGGGACUUUGUUUACGUGCUAUAACAGUUGUGAUUAA